AUGUACUUUGUUCACAAACUUCAGUCAACUUUACAUACAUAUACACACACACACACACACACACACACACACACACACACACACACACACACACACACACACACACACACACACACACACACACACACACAAGAAAUGGAAUGAGUAUGUUUACAUACUUCAGCAAACAGUGUGGGUGUCCUCAAGCACUUUGCAAUCACCCCAAAGUGUUCAAAAUCAGAGGUCAAGUGGCGCCAGGUACCACAGGGAAAGGCCAGGUGUGGUCUCAGACCUCUGUUAGGAACCCAGGUACCACAGGGAAAGGCCAAGUGUGGUCUCAGACCUCUGUUAGGAACCCAGGUACCACAGGGAAAGGCCAGGUGUGGUCUCAGACCUCUGUUAGGAACCCAGGUACCACAGGGAAAGGCCAGGUGUGGCCUCAGACCUCUGUUAGGAACCCAGGUACCACAGGGAAAGGCCAGGUGUGGUCUCAGACCUCUGUUAGGAACCCAGGUACCACAGGGGAAGGCCAGGUGUGGUCUCAGACCUCUGUUAGGAACCCAGGUACCACAGGGAAAGGCCAGGUGUGGUCUCAGACCUCUGUUAGGAACCCAGGUACCACAGGGAAAGGCCAGGUGUGGUCUCAGACCUCUGUUAGGAACCCAGGUACCACAGGGGCCAGAUUUGGCCAGGUGUGGUUUCAGACCUACGUUCAGAUAUAAAGGACUUGAAAGACCUGAGAGCGAUGAGAUGUAUUGUUAUUGAACUAACCUCGUCCCCAGGUUGGCUGGAGGACCAGACUAUAACUGAUUCCCUUGAUCCAUUUUCUGACGUUGAGGAGAAAGGGAGAUGACACAGCAGGGAAAUGUAGAUUUUUACCAUGGUGACGUUUUCAGCAGGUGGGCGUUUUCCAAUCCAACUUUUCGCAACUGAGACAAAAGUAAUACAAAGGGAGGAGAAAUUCAACAGGGAAGAAUGAGAUUAAUGGUAGUGGAUGGGUGAUUUUUUUCCCAGGCUAAAUCUAGGCCUACUUCCCAUCCACACACCUGGGGCCAUUGAUUAAUUUGAUUUAAUUGAUCCUUUCAGCAACACUGAACACAGUGCUUUGGGUUUUCCCUUUAUUUACCCAAAGGAAAGAGAAACCUUCACACUGCUCUUCUUAGUAUCACUUAUUUUAUUCAAGCUUACGUGUCGGACUCGUAGUCUUCGUCAGAGCUUUUAUUUUGAGAGUCAGCAUCAGCGAGCAGAAUUGAAGUUGGGAAAAAAACUUGAAUUGAACCUUUAUUUAACCACGAAAGACACUUGAGGUUAGAAACCUAUUUUUGUACCAUUUAACAGACAUCAUACACAUACUUCCUCAAGGAUGAAUCCUGCAAUGUUAUGGUUGGUUUUUUGGGGGUGUAGAUCUGGGCCAUUAAUCUCGUCACCGUUUAUACAUUGGAUUUGUCUGAACUGCUGAAACGCAGGCAGACAUGCCUCCAGUUGGUUCAUGUCAGAGCAGAGCCGUUCCCUGGCUGCAAGCUGUCACCAUGACCAACACUGACACUGCCAGCCCCUCCCGCUCUCUCUUUCUCUCUCCCCCGUGUCCCAGUUUUCAAUGAACCGUGUUAAUCCUGCAACUGGGUAAUCUGAACCCUUUAAACCUUGGAGCCCGAGCAGUAGUUGACUUUCCUAUGUUUUAACCCAUUCCCCUCUGAUUAUAAUUUGUCUCCCCUACCUGUCUGCUGCAGGCAUUCUUCCAGGGCAAGCUGAAGAUCGCAGGAAACAUGGGCAUGGCCAUGAAGCUUCAGAGUCUGCAGCUGGUGCCAGCCAA